CACACAGACUAGCAGACUGAUAGCAACUUGGACAAACAGAUGAACAUGACGAGCUUCUGCCUACUCACUCUCAUCAUAAUAACAGUUCUACAUUGUGGUCACUGUGAUGAGCCAAAAACAAUCUCAGGCUGUGAGGGUGAAACCGCGGUAAUCAAGUGUCCGCUUCAGAGCAAAGACCGACUCGCCUCAAAGUCCCUCGUGAGAAGUGUCAUCGGAGACGCGCAGGAAGUCAUCCGCUCCGACGGUCGUGUAAAAUGGGCCCAUAAGGGACGUGUAUCUCUGCAGGACCAGAAGAAAAAGAACCGCUUCAUCGUGACCAUCCAUAACCUGAGAGUGGACGAUGCUGGGACCUAUCAAUGUGUGGCUGGUGGCUGUAUGUCCAAGCAAGUGAAGCUCAGCAUGGCUAGGGACUCUCCUCACUGUAGCCUUAUUAAAGUCACAGGUUACGAAGGAGGCAAAGCUGCCAUCAACUGUCCAUUUUGGGGAGACUACAGAUUUGCCUCAAAGCUACUCGUGAACAGAAGCUUCGGAGGUGUACAGGAGGUCAUUCGGUCCGAUGGACGUGCACAAUGGACCCACAGAGGGAGAGUAUCUCUGCAGGACAAGAAAGACAGAGGCAUCUUCACCGUGACCAUCCGUAACCUGGCCAGAGAGGAUGCUGGGAAAUAUCAGUGUAUAGCUGAGGGGCGUGUGUCUGAGUAUGUUAGACAAGUGGAACUCACUGUAGCUCACUCACCACCCAGACAUUAGUCAUCAACCAGACAAGACUAAAUCUAAUGAGGACACUGUUUAUCAAGAGAAAAAUCCCACCUGAUGAAGUUUAUCAGACCACCUGCACCUGCCACAGUCUGACCGGAUCAAUCUACCAUGAUCAAUUGUUCAUGCUUCAACCUAACACAAGCAGUAUGCUGUAUCUUGACCAUAUUAAA